UGAACUCCUAAAAACUUUUUUCCCCUGCUUCUGCUCCCCUCCUCCAGCUCUUCCUCCUCCUUCACUCAGUUGUGAGUCUGAGCAAAGAAAAAGGGGAAUAGAGAGGGGAGUGACUGCAGCAGAUUGAGCAGCAGUGACGUGAGCCCAGAGCCUUGCAGCCUGGGGGACUCCAUUAGCAGAGCUCACACUGCCCUGCACAAGGGAAGCUGCCCUCCUGCUCCCUGUGGAUCUUCCUGAGGAAUCCCUGCAACAUUGUCCAAGCCCAGGAGACCAGACUAGAGGAAGAGAACGAUGGCUCUGGACGGUAUACGGAUGCCAGAUGGCUGCUACGCUGAUGGAACUUGGGAGCUGAAUAUCAAUGUGACAGAUCUGAACCGGGAUGUUACACUCAGAGUCACUGGAGAUGUACAUAUUGGAGGGGUGAUGCUUAAACUGGUGGAAAAACUUGAUGUAAAGAAGGACUGGUCGGAUCACGCCCUGUGGUGGGAGAAGAAGAAAACGUGGCUCUUGAAGACUCAUUGGACCUUAGACAAAUAUGGCAUCCAAGCCGACGCCAAACUGCAGUUCUCCCCUCAGCACAAACUUCUGCGACUGCAGCUUCCAAACAUGAAAUACGUCAAGGUGAAGGUCAACUUCUCAGACCGGGUCUUUAAAGCCGUCUCCGACAUUUGCAAGACUUUCAAUAUCCGACAUCCAGAGGAACUUUCACUUCUGCGGAAACCGAGAGAUCCAACAAAGAAGAAAAAGAAAAAGAUUGAAGAUAAUCAAACUGAAGAGAACAUUCUGGAACUUGAUGGACCUUUGACUCCUGGGACUGGAAGUAUAUACUCCAGUCCCGGCUUAUAUAGUAAGACCAUGACCCCGACCUACGACUCUCGCGAUGGCAGUCCCCUCUCACCCACUUCAGCGUGGUUUGGUGACAGCGCCUUGUCAGAGGGCAACCCUGGCAUACUGGCCGUCAGCCAACCCAUCACGUCUCCAGAUAUCCUCGCCAAAUUGUACAAGCCCCAAACCCUGCUUGACAAAGCCAAAAUAAAUCAGGGCUGGUUGGACUCCUCCCGAUCUCUUAUGGAACAAGACGUGAAAGAAAAUGAAGCUUUGCUUCUUCGAUUCAAGUAUUACAGCUUCUUUGAUUUGAAUCCUAAGUAUGACGCCAUCCGCAUCAACCAGCUCUUUGAACAAGCGAAAUGGUCCAUUCUGCUGGAGGAGAUUGAGUGCACGGAGGAGGAGAUGAUGAUGUUCGCCGCCUUGCAGUAUCAUAUAAACAAGCUGUCGAUGAUGUCAUCGGAGAAUCAUUAUAACAACAGCGACAAAGAAAUUGAUGAGGUCGACGCUGCUCUGUCAGAUCUGGAGAUCACUCUGGAGGGAGGAAAGACAUCAACCAUUUUGGGCGACAUCACCUCCAUUCCAGAACUUACAGACAACUUAAAAAUCUUCAAACCCAAGAAACUGACUCUCAAAGGCUACAAGCAGUAUUGGUGCACGUUCAAAGACACCUCCAUAUCCUGCUACAAGAGCAAAGAGGAAGCGAAUGGAACCCCUGCCCACCAAAUGAACCUGAGGGGCUGCGAAGUAACUCCAGAUGUUAACAUUUCUGGCCAGAAGUUUAUUAUUAAGCUCCUCAUACCAGUCGCUGAAGGAAUGAAUGAGAUCUGGCUCCGGUGUGAAAAUGAGAAGCAAUAUGCUCACUGGAUGGCAGCUUGUAGAUUGGCGUCCAAGGGCAAGACCAUGGCGGACAGUUCUUACAACCUAGAAGUCCAGAACAUCUUGUCUUUCCUGAAAAUGCAGCAUUUGAACCCCGACCCACAGUUCAUUCCAGACCAGGUCAACUCCGACAUCAACCCAGAAUGCGUGGUUUCACCCCGGUAUUUAAAGAAGUACAAGAACAAGCAGCCAGGCUAUGUAAGAGACUUGAUUACAGCCCGUAUCCUGGAGGCGCACCAGAACGUUGCUCAGAUGAGUCUAAUAGAAGCCAAGAUGAGGUUCAUUCAGGCAUGGCAGUCAUUACCAGAAUUUGGCAUUACCCAUUUCCUUGCCAGGUUUCAAGGAGGGAAGAAGGAGGAGCUGAUUGGCAUUACCUAUAAUAGGCUCAUCAGGAUGGACGCCAACACUGGAGACGCCAUUAAAACAUGGAGGUUUAGUAACAUGAAGCAGUGGAACGUCAACUGGGAAAUCAAGAUGGUAAGCGUGGAGUUUGCAGACGAGAUGAGGCUCUCCUUCAUAUGCACAGAAGUGGAUUGCAAAGUAGUUCACGAAUUUAUCGGGGGAUACAUUUUCCUGUCCACACGGGCCAAGGACCAGAACGAAAGUCUCGAUGAAGAGAUGUUCUUCAAACUCACAAGUGGAUGGGUGUGAGACCUUCACGUCACCCCCGCCGCGCUCCUCCCAGAUCACCAGAGCUUUUUCUUUUUUUUUUUUUCAAUUUUAAUUUCUAUAUAUUUUUUUAUUUUUUCUUAAGUAUGCUGCUUACGAAAAACCCAUGAAUUAAACAUAAGCUUGAAAUGUAUCCAUCCCACGAAAGUUCAGUAUUUAACAAGCUGUGGGCACUAACCAAAGCACUUCCAUACUCCAGUAUGUAGCAAGUCCCGCCUGCUGCCUGAAAAAAAAAAAAUGGAGAAUUUUUAUUUUUUAUUUUUUUCACCACUCUCCUUUCCGCCGGUGGUUUGAGGGGCCUAAUGGCGAACGUAGGAUGGAGAAUAAUGCAAGAACCUAAAGCCAUUACCGACUAUCAAGGGCUUAGACUUUGACACAAUAAUCAGGUCUACUGCAUGUGUUGUUUUUUUUGUUUUUUUUAUAUAUAUAUUUUUGGUUCCUAAAAAAAGUUCACUUGUGGGAAUUUUCAGAUGAACCUUGUUUUUUUUAUUUUAUUUUUCUGUAGCUUAUAGGUCGAUCCAGAUUUAUUUUAUUUUUUAUUUUUUCCUUCCAAGAACACUGUGGCCUUUUACAGAAAAUAGGGUCACCCGGCGCAUCCCCGAGAGAGGCGAGCUAGGAGUUUGCAAAAGUUUGUUAAUCCAGUGAGGUCCUUGGACAGAUGGACGCCCACAUGUCGCCUCAAAAUUGCUUCUUUUUUUUUUUGUGAUGUUAUAUAUUGGGUUAUUGGCUGCCUCCGCUCUGUAUGGGCCGCUGGUACAUAUAGUACAGUCACAUUUUCCCUGUAUGUUACCUUUAGCGCUCUCUUACAGUCUACACCAUAUAGUAUUAAACAAAAAAUGUUGUGUUCACCAGCGUUCGCGCCACAGAUAUAUAAAAUUUCAUGACUAGAUGAAGGAAAGGUCGAAUGAAGUAUGUUUUUUUUUUUUUUUUGUUUGUUUAUUUUUGUGUAACUUAUGUAAAAACACAAAUUUUAUAAAAUUGUACAGUGUUUAUUUUUUGUUAACAGCUCACCUAUUUUUUUUUGUUUUCUUUGUUAUUUUAUUUUAUAUAUAUAUAUUAUUUUUUUUUGCUUUAGUUAUAGUAAUCUGCAUUUAAUAAUGUAUUCCUUAUUGUUAUUUUAGUAUUAAAUAUAUUUCACUGCAACCUAAUGUUCUUGCUUAUCACUGAAGUAUGGAGGAUCCCAGUAAAAUCAGAGGGGAAGGAGGGUAAAAGAGUCAAGAAUGUGUGUGUUUUGUUUUUUUUUUUUAAUUGCCAUGUGGUAAUUGGAAGAUAUUACAAAAAAAAUGUAAAAUAAAAUUCUAUGCAAAGUUUUGUUAUACAUGAAGCUAUAAUUCAUUAACUGCUUCGGUGCUAAUGUUUUUGUACUCGAUCGAAAUGUUUUUUUUGUUUUUUUCUGCAGAAUUUCCCUUUGUUCAUAAAGGGAAGCACACAAAAAAUAACACUAACCCUUUAUAUGUUUGUCAACAUUUAACCCCAUGACUACCUGGGAACGCCCACUUUUGGGUGGAGUUUGCAUUUGGUGGCAUUGGAUUGGCAAAAUUGGACUUUUGGGAAGCAGAGACAGAAGUACAAGCCUUAUUGUCCAUAGCGACUAGUUGGAAGCAUUUCUGGUUGCUAUGGGCAACUUUGCCAAUUCUUUUUUUAUUUUAUUUUAUUUUUUUUUCAGUUUUUUUAUUUUAUUUUUUUAUAAAUUAUAGGUUUGCACAUCACACAAGUCUAUGGAGUGAUACUAUACAAUAUCCCGUAAUCUAUAUAAUAGUGGUGAAUGUAGAUAGUAUUUGUAGAUGUUUGUUCCCCAAAAAAAAAAAAGUGGCUACUUUCCUAAAAAAAAAACAAAAAAAAAAAACAGCGCCACCCCUGCCCACAGACUGUAUGUGGUAUUGCAGCUCGGCUUCAUGUAGCCCCGAGCUGGAAUAUCAGCCACAAGCUGUGGACAGGGGUGGUGCUGUUUCUGGACGAAGGCGGCCAUGUGUUUUCUAACCUUGCAAAAUGCAUUUAAAAUUCCAUAUAUUUUAUGAAGCUCCAGAAAUCUGACCUCUGGGCACCUCCGCCGCUUUUUGUUUUUGGAUUAUUAUUUUUUCUGUUUCGAGUGUUGGGCUACAUGCAUUUGAACGUUGUUGGUUUCCGUGUCCGUUCUGUUUUUUUUUUGCGGAUAGGAUGCGGACCCAUUUAUUUCAAUGGGUCCGCAAAAAAUGCGGACAGCACACCGUGUGCUAUCAGCAUCCGUAUGUCUGUUCCGUAG